ACAAAUGCUCUCAGUCCAGCCAGACACCAAGCCGAAAGGUUGUGCUGGCUGCAACCGUAAGAUUAAAGACCGGUAUCUUCUAAAAGCCCUGGACAAAUAUUGGCAUGAAGACUGCCUGAAAUGUGCCUGCUGUGACUGUCGCCUGGGGGAGGUGGGCUCUACCUUGUACACCAAAGCCAACCUUAUCCUUUGUCGCAGAGACUAUCUGAGGUUAUUUGGCGUUACAGGAAACUGCGCUGCCUGCAGUAAGCUCAUACCUGCUUUUGAGAUGGUGAUGAGAGCAAAGGACAAUGUUUAUCACCUGGACUGUUUUGCAUGUCAACUUUGUAAUCAGAGAUUUUGCGUUGGAGACAAAUUUUUCCUGAAGAACAACAUGAUUCUGUGCCAGACAGACUAUGAGGAGGGUUUAAUGAAAGAAGGUUAUGCACCCCAGGUUCGCUGAUCUGAUGCCACAUCAUUAAGAAUACAAAGCACUACGUUCUUUUAUCUUUUUUGCUCAACAUGUAUAUAAGAAACGACACAGGAACCUACUGAAUAGCAUAGAUAUAGGGAGACAGAAUGGUUGUGUGAAUAAAAGGCGGACUGCAUCUGUAUGUAGUGAAAAUUGCUCCAGUUCAGAGUUGAAUGUCAAUUAAAAAGGUACUGUACAUACAGCUGGAUUCUUUUUUGCUUGCUCUUGGGGUUGGGUUUUUUUUGUUUGUUUGUUUGGGGUUUUUUGGUUUCUUUUUGUGUCAUUUGGCAUGAGAUGUUUAUUUUGGACUCUUGUAUAUAAUGUAUUGUAAUAUUUGAAGCACAAAUGUAAUACAGUUUUAUUGUGUUACCAUUUGUGUUCCUGUUUGCUUCUUUGUAUUGUUGCAUUUAGUACAAUCAGUGUCUAAACUUACUGUAUAUUUAUGCUUUCUGUAUCUACCAGCUAUUUUAAAUGAGCUGUAUCUUUCUAGUAAAAAGAAUUAAAGAGCAAAUCCCAACCAUUAUGCUACACUUAGAGCUUAAGAAUUAUGUUUACAUUAAAACUAUUUAGAAAAACUAAUAA